UUAGCAGAAAGUUGAACAUUAAUUUAUCUUAUAUAUAUAUAUAUAUAUUUUGACAGUAAAACACAUGCAUUGGACUUUGAGAUCAUCAUGUCUAAUAAGUCCUCCAAUGAAACUUCUAAUUCUAUUAGUAAACCAACACAACAACCUGAUGUUUCACCUCAAAUCUUGAUACAACUCGUUUCGGAGUUGAGAAAGUACGUCUCUUCUAACAAACCUGAUGUCAGUUGCAACAAAUCUGAAGAGCAACAGAACAGCGACUCCGGUAAAGCUGGCGAUGGGAGGGCCUCGGUACAGGGAUCUUCAUGGUGUAUCUGUGUUCCAAAGCAUGGAAAGGCCAAGAAGGAGGAGACGGGAGUGGAGAAAUCGCCUGGCGAAGGAAGCAAGCCAAAAAAAUCUCCAGAAAUUAUGAUUAAAAAGUUGGAGAGCAAUCUUGAACAAAUGGAAUCUGACUUAACUAAGCUCAAAGGCAAUGAGGAACAUUUUAAGAGAGAGAUUGAAAGUCAUACAGAUCAAAUCAAGGAGCUUUUUAAAAAUAUCAAAGAAGCUCGGUCUUCCCAACUGAAUGGAGAUGGUCAGAAUGAAUCUUCCAUUGCCCACAAGCUCUGGGAGAUCAACAAAAAGAUAAUAAAGUUAAAGCACCGAAUCCCGUCAACGUCUGCAACUACCGGCGCCGCUGACCGCCGUGAUGAAUCCCCGAAGACCGAGGCAGCCGGUACUCAAAUUGCUGUCGAUGAACUUCUGCGCUUAUACACCAGCACGAGCUUUACAGAGAGCUCUUUAUACAAUGAAAUAAAAAAUGUCUAUGAUUAUGAAUUAGACGAAAAAGAGAAGAAUUGUUUGUUGUGUUUUGCAGUGUUCACUGAGAACGAGGAGCUGACUAAGAGGAUGCUGACGUACUGGUGGGCAGGAGAGGCAUAUAUAAUAGAAAACAAACAAGAUAAAAAGACGAUUGAGGAACUUGCUGAGAAAAUCCUCGAAAAAUUCGUGGGGAAACACUUGAUUGAACCAGUGUACAAGAAGCGAUGGCCGACCGCUAAAAGCUACAAGAUGCAGCCCAUCAUUCGGUCUGUCAUUGUUAAACUCGCAAUCGAAAAAAACUAUUUUGCCUACGACGAUAAUGGGAACCUCAAGGCAAGAUCCCCGGAGAGCAAGAAGGUUUGUUUGGUGAAAAAAUUUGAGAAUAAAAAUAAAAUUGAUGAGAAGAAUCAUGCUCUCUCUUCAGAUUCACAAGCACAAACUCUACCAAAGUCAGAAGAUCCGAAGGUUGAGAAGAAUCCUGCUCCCUCUUCGGAUUCGCAAGCACAAGCUCCGCCAAAGUCAGAAGAUCCGAAGGUUGAGCAGAAUCCUGCUCUCUCUUCGGAUUCGCAAGCACAAGCUCCGCCAAAGUCAGAAGAUCCGAAGGUUGAGAAGAGUCCUGCUCCCUCUUCGGAUUCGCAAGCACAAGCUCCACCAAAGUCAGAAGAUUCGAAGGAUGAGCAGAAUCCUGCUCUCUCUUCGGAUUCGCAAGCACAAGCUCCGCCAAAGUCAGAAGAUCAGUAUCCGAAAGGUUGGGAAACAAAACGGAAGACAAUAUUCAACGUGGACGAGCCAUUUCCUGAUCUUCGAUUGAAUUGGUUAGCUAAAGGUAGAGAUAAAAAUCGCAAUACUGAAGAAGAAAAACGCCUCGAAGUAGUAGAGUGGUUAUCGAAAAUGAAAGAUCUCAAAGUUCUUUACUUGGGAACAUGGCGAGCCUCGGGUAAUAAGCAUCAUAUCGAAGUAGAUAGUCCUGACUUCUUGAAAGCUUUGUGGAGUAUGUCGUCUUUAAGGCUUCUUAGUCUUCAGGGCAUCUCUAGAAUCAUUAAGCUAACAGAUUCGAUUAAAGGGCUUACUAGUCUGACAAUCUUAGAUCUUAAAGCUUGUCAUAAUAUGGAGGAGCUUCCCAAAGAAAUAUCAUAUCUUAAAAGCUUAACUCACUUAGAUGUAUCGGACUGUUACAUGAUAGAUCACAUGCCGAGAGAGCUACGUCAUUUGACCAAUCUCCAAGUUUUGAAGGGGUUCGUGGUUGGGAAGGAUAAGCAUUUAAGUGGAAAGUUUUGUGCUUUUGAUGAUUUGGCUCGCAUGAAGAAUCUGACGAAAUUGAGUAUUUUUAUAAGUAGGAAAGAUUUCCCCUCUGGAAAGGAUUUUCAGACUUUUGAAAGUCUUGACGGGCUUAAGAAGUUGAGUUUGUCAUGGGGAGCGGAUAAUGAAACUAAAGGUACAAGUUCUAGUACUACUUCUCCUUCAGGGGAAAAGAAAUGGACUAAAUGUUUUGAUAUAUGGGGUCGUUCUACUCCUUCAGGGGAAAAGAAGUCAAUAGAAGAAAAACUUUCUAAAAAUCUUGAGAAGCUUGAUUUACAAUGUUACCCUCAUGAGAGUACUCCCAGUUGGUUGGUGCCUGGAAAAUUGGCUAACCUGAAGAAGCUCUACAUUAGAGGAGGAAAACUCGGAGGUGAUCUUGGGUACUCGUCGUUCAAGAAUGGGAAUGAGAGCACGAUGAUCGCGUGGAAGUUCGUUGAAACGCUGCGUUUGAAGUUCUUGGCAGGACUGAAGUUGGAUUGGGAAGAAAUGGAAGAGUUCUUUCCUAAGUUGAGUUACUUGGAGAAAAUUGAUUGCCCUUUGGUCACUAUGUGCCCUUGUGAUGCCGAUGGAGUUUGGGUGAAGCCGCCCAAGCUUCCUUCUAGUCAUAACCAGUCUGAUCAUGAGCAAGAGAUCCAGGAACAAGAUGGUAAUCAGGAGCCUCAGCAAUCAAAAUAAGCUAUAGAGGAGUUUUAAUGAAUAUGAUAACAAAAAAAUAAUAGUGGUAAAUUUUAAAUUUCUUUUUUGUUUUGUUUUGUUUUUGUAUCCUGUGCCUUUGAUUUACUUUGGACGAGUUUGUAACUUGGUCAUUUCGGCGUUGUUCAAAAUUUUUUUAAACAAUAAAUGUAUCCCUUUCUUUCUUGUUGUAUUUGAUGUUUGUAAAAUAUAUAUUAUAUUAUAAUAUACAUAAAGACACGCAAUCAUUUUAAC